AUGCUAUCACGUCUUAUAAGAGGUCAAGGAGGCAUUCUUAGCAAAACAGCUUUAAGUAAUGCUCUCAUCAAUCCUUUGAGUGGCAAGAGUGGAAUACAAGGGCUCAUUGGCAGACAUGGAAACUGUCGUUUUGUAUCGUCGUCAGCUGUUAAUAACAAUGUAGUCGAGCCUACCCAACAGCAAAAGAUGUUGAAAGGAAGAAAAAACGAAAAAGUGGUAUUGUGGAAGUUGUAUGGUUCAUUUCACAGGCACAAUACUUUGUUGACUUUAGUGGCCGUUGUGGAGGACCUUGACUUUAUGGAAAAGAGCCAGCAUCUCACGUAUAAUGAAAAGGUUUUAUACUAUUUACAGUUACCGCAUCAUCCUAAAAUUCAUAUAUCCGCUGGUCAGUUAGGUUUUAGAAAGGCCCAAAGGGCGGAAUACGAAGCUGGCUAUCAAGUCACAACUAAAAUGUUUAAAACCAUUGAGGAAAAAAACCUCAUUGGGCCAAACGAUAAACUAGAGCUCGUUUUAAAGGACUUUGGUAAGGGAAGAGAAGCAUUUUUGUCGGCCUUGCAGGGCAAGGAGGGUUCUAGUAUUAAGCCAAGCGUAGUCAGAAUUAGCGAUGACACUAAGCUUCAGUUUGGUGGAUCUCGUCCUAAGAAAUUGCGUCGUUUAUAA